AGCAAUGGAGACUGAUGAGAUAGCAGAGAACGAUUCGUCGGACUCAAACGACCUGGGAAGAAUUCAAGACUACGUUUUGAAAUCCCUACUUAGCGAAGGCAGCAGAGGAUCAGUGUCGAGAGUGUGGAAAGCGAGGCACAGAGAAAGCGGGCAAAUAGUAGCUUUAAAGCAAAUCCAACUCUCAAAGCUUACCCGCAGCCUCAAGAACUGCUUGGAGUGCGAAGUCAACUUCUUAUCCUCUGUUAAUCACCCAAAUAUCAUCCGUCUUCUCGGUGUUUUCGAGGCUGAAGGCAGCAUUUUUCUCAUCCUGGAGUUUUGUGCUGGGGGCAAUCUCGGUGCUUAUAUCCGGAAUCAUGGUAGAGUGCAAGAAUGCAUAGCUAAAAGAUUCAUGCAACAGAUUGCUGCUGGAUUAGAGGUGCUGCAUUCACACCUAAUCAUCCACCGUGACUUGAAGCCAGAGAACAUUCUGUUGUCAAGCUCUGAUGGUGAUGCUCUGCUGAAAAUUGCUGAUUUUGGUCUCUCAAGAAUUUUACACCCUGAUACCUUUGCUGAGACAGUCUGUGGGUCUCCAUUAUACAUGGCUCCAGAAAUUCUUCAAUUUCAAAAAUAUGAUGAAAAGGUUGACAUGUGGAGCAUUGGUGCAAUUCUUUUUGAACUUCUUAAUGGCUACCCUCCUUUUCAUGGUAGGACUAGUGUUCAGCUUUUGCAGAAUAUCAAGGAAUCUUCAUAUCUUCCCUUUUCUCAGCUGGUUCUUUCUGAGUUGCAUCCGAGUGUUGAUUUAUGUUCUAGACUGUUGUCUGUCAAUCCAGAGACCCGGAUGUCCUUUGAUGAGUUUCACGAGCAUGACUUUUUGGAAAUUCAGAAAGUGGAGAGAUAAAAGCCAGCAAUAAGUGGUUUCAUUUCUAAAUCACCAUUGAACUGUCUUAGUGAUUUAUAGCUUUGUUUGUAAAUCAUCUCAAUGUUGGUGACCAGGUUUCUAUAUGUUGAUGUCAUUAUGAUGGGUUGUCUGCCAAGAUCUCAGUUGUGAAGCUGCCAUUUCCUGAGUGUGAAAAAAAUAUGAACUCAGCUGCAUUCCUCUUGUCAGUGGAUCGUUCUUGAAUUUAAAGCUUCUAUAAUGAAUACUGUUGCUCCAGCUUUUCAGGCUAAUGGAUAACAUUCUUCCUUGAUUAAGUCUGCCUGUUCUCCUGAAAUCAUAUACCUUCUCCUUUGACAUAAAUGACUAGUAGAGUACAAACCAGCUAUGACAAUCCGAAAGCUUACUUUCAGUCUGCCACACCCCAGCUGAUUGGAUGAGUUUUUCUAUCAUAUGAAGACUUGGUUUAAAAUUGGCUUCAUUUGGCAUCUCAAAUGUGGAUAAAGUAGUUCUGAGUUUCGGGUGGAUAGCCAGAAUGAGUUCCCAGUCAAAUCAUCACUCCCAUGGAUGAGAAUAUGCAGUGCACUAAUUUGGCCUGCCCAGUGGCUAUAGUGCUUUUACGGGAAUGGAG